AUGCUACAGGACUUGAACAGUCAGCAUUUGGACCCAGUGGAGGUGUUUCGCGGCAUCCCGUAUGCGGCGCCGCCCAUCGGCGACCUCAGAUUCCGGGUACCCGAGCCGCCACUCGCCUGGAAGGGCAUGAAACGUGCAGACACCUUCGGCCAUGUUUGCCCUCAAAAGCUCCCGGACAUACGCAACCAGACGGUCGCCCUUCAGGAUAUGCCCCAGGGUCGUUACAAUCAACUCACGCGGCUCGUCAAGUUCCUGGGAAAUCAGAGCGAAGACUGUUUGUUUCUCAAUCUCUACAUUCCCGGUAGUGGUGCACGAGGUCUGGAAGCGCCUUACGCAGUCAUAGUUUACAUCCACGGCGAGAGCUUCCAGUGGGGCAGCGGCAACAUUUACGACGGCUCGGUCCUGGCCAGCGCUGGCCACGUCAUUGUCAUUACCCUUAACUACCGCCUCGGGAUCUUGGGAUGA